CAGUUGUGGGUCUGAUCAGUCCUGAAGCAUUACAGUGAUACAAGCAAUGCUAAAGAACACCUUGAAAAGGAAAAGCCAAGCUCCUCAUGGGUGUGGCUACAGCAAUGUCAGAACACGAAAGGUUUAGGAUUAUCUUGGUGUGUGUCUUUCGCCCAUUGGGGCUGACAAAACUACCAUUGACACUCGACGUAGUGCAAAGGGUCCCACUAGAGGGGCUGGUAAUCUCCUGGUCUGUGCAGGAGUGGAUGUUAGAUUAUUUGAUAGCCUAGAUUAAGAUCGGGAUUUAAGGAGCAAACAACCUGCUUUUCGUUGUGUUGUCAGAAGGAGCGAGGACCACCAGUACCAUGAGAGCUGUCCAGUACUGUCCGUUGUUCCUGCUUUUUGUGGUCCUACUGGCAGAUGAUAGUGAGGCUUUGAAGUGUUACACCUGUAUGGGCUCCAACAAUGACGACUGCAACCGGCAAGGCUCCAAAUCUUGCCCCAGUUAUUCUGAUGCCUGUGCUGUAGUGGUGGGUCAUGACAGUGGCGUGAUGAAGUCAUGUUCCUACAAGUCUUUCUGCAGCCAGGCCAACAGCCAGGGCUACAGAGCACCAGGCGUCAAAGUUCACUGCUGUUACAGUGAUGACUGCAAUGUCACAAGUUUUGCCUCCCAGCUGCCGGGACUCAACUAUUUGCUGCUGUUUUUUCUGCUGUUGUUGCACUGAUUUUUCAAGACACACAACUCGGGUUUAUCAGGCCAACAAUCAUCCACACUAAUGCCAAUUUCUAUGCCAAACAAACCUGCCUCUUUCAACGCUAUAUGCCAGUCUAUUUACAACCAUUCCACGUAGCUUUAUUAAGCCAUAUUUAUCCGAGCACACACUUGGAUAUCAGCCAGUUACUGCCCAAAGUACAUCUUGAAGUUUUUGGCUGUGACUUUGAGGAUUUUACCAUGUGCACCAUAUUUUAUUGAGGUACUCACAUAUACAUCUUUUAAUGGAUAUCACAAUGCCAUUAAGUAGAAGAUCCUAAGGUGCAACGGUAGGGUGAAAAAACUUUAGAAUUUAAUGCAUUUAAGAGAAAAAGAUGCUGUUCUAGUAGUUCAGCUUUCCCAUCCUGAUGUAAUGCAAUCUACAAUCUGGACAAACUAGAAUAUACUAUACAUAUGUACAGUACAUAUAACAUGUAUACAUAUAUAUGUCUUUUUACAAAGACAAAAAACACCUAUUGCAACACCUUUACACACCUGAGGUUUUCAGCUUAGCUUGUGUUAAGUAGAUGCUGUGUGUUGCUAAGAAUGGCACUAAGAGUUGGCUGGGCUGGAGUGUUGUCACGUCAUGUGAUGCCUACCGCUCAAUCACCUUUGGACGACGGUGAGAAAAUGGUUCUCAUGUUCGGGAAAUCCACAUAAUCCUUUUACGCGCCCAUGGCCAGGUGUGUUACUCUGAUGAGGUUAAUCUUCUCGGUUUGAAGUCACUUAAAGAAUUAGGCAUUUUAUAAGAUUAACGAGCACAUCUUGCAUGCAGGAUGACCUUAAGGAUGAGACUACAGUAUGAGAAAUAUAAAAAUAAUCACAAUAAGGGGUGACUGCCUGCUGUUUAUUGUUCAAUUUGACAGCAGUGUCUGUUGACAAGAAGUUUCGUAUUGUGGUCUGCAUUAAAUGUAUAGAAUGCCAUUAUUUGUGUCUUUAUACAUUUUUGUUCAAUCAUCUGAUUUGAAUGUGAGAGUGAGAGGUGAGAUGAUGUUGCAUUGCAAAAAUUAAUCUCUUCAUUUAGUUAAGUAGAAUAGUUGAUGUAUAUAUUUCUUUGCUCCUUGUAUGUGAAUUUCUUACUUGUUAUUUGUGUACAUUUGUAAUGAGAAUUUGAAUAAUCUGAGGAAGAAAAAUGUGAAGAAAGUCCAUCCUCUAUCAAACGUAAAUAUCAUAUUAAAUAUAUCAAUAUAUAUAUUACAAUAUUCACAAUAUCUUUUGUAAAAGACCCAAUAUAAAAGUCUGACCUUUUUGCUGGUGUGAUUGAUUCCACUGAUUUGUGUAUGGUCAUAAGCACUGAGAUCAAGAGAUUUAUCUGACACUGCUGGCAUAAUUUAUUCUUCAGAAAAAUAAAUCUAAAGAUGGUUUGUAUUGGGUAACUUCACCUGCCAUCUUAGUUUGGCUUCUGAUAAGUAGUUAUUAGAAGCCAAUCACAACACAUAAAUCUCUUUAGAUGCCGUGCCAUUUGUGUGUUUGUGUUAAAACAAAGUCUCCCAAAUGUUUGAAUUAGUCUAGUUAUUCCUGCAAACACAUGCAAACGUUUGGGCACAGCUAUGAAUUUUUCAUGAAUAAGUCUUUUAAA